GGACCACUUUAUUAGUUAGUAUACUGCAGUCAUUCGGCCAUUGGGUGUUUUUCGAUCGAGAGACAGUCCGCCUGAAUAUACGUUUAACGCGCUCGUACGAGAAAACGCCGUGACUAAUAAUAUAUAUAGUAUAGGUCGUGUAUAGCAGURGCAGCCAGCGCAGGUACACUGCAGUCUAUCGACAGCGGGCUCGUGGACCGAUGACCUUAUAUAUUUUGUAUUGAGUAGGCACCUGCAGAGUGCACACCGUUUGUAAUACUAUAUACCAUAUUACCGCAUAGAGCUGUAAUAAUAUAUAAAAUAAAAUAAAAACAGUGUUGUUGCGACUCGUGUCCCGCUAGACGCGCGUUACCUGUAAAUAGUCGUACAGUUUUCCGUUAAAUAAUUACCUAUUUAAGUGUUUAUGUAGGUCGGACACGGCGGCGCAACGGUGUCCGGAACGUGUGGAAAUAAAAUGUCGGUUCUUGCGAUAUUAUUCUUGGUGUCGUUAGGCGUAUUCGUCGGCGGUCAAAGUCUGGGGAAAUGUCCGAAAAAGGAGACCAUGAAGACGUUCGAUCCGAAGGAGUUUGAAGGACAAUGGUACGAAGUGGAGAAAACAUUUUACAUGAUGGAGAUGACUGCUAGUUGUACUUCUUUCAAUUUUACUUUAAAUCCUGAUGGAACAUCGUACAAAGUGCAUAUUGGAACGAAAAACAGAAUAACGGGAAACCCGAAUAUUUUUUCUGGAAUGGCGACCCUUAUAUCAAAAAGCAAAUCUGUACUUAACUACCAAGCUGAAAGUCGACUACCCGGGUUGUUUUCACGUAUGAUACCUACUACUGGUCUGUAUCAUAUCAUGUACACGGAUUACCAUAACUAUACAGUUCUGUGGUCGUGUACAAGUUUUGGUCUUUUCCACACAGAUAUUAUUUGGGUUUUGGGAAGAGAACGAGAUCUUACUGCGACAUCCCGGGCGGAACUUUACAACUUAUUAUACGAACUGAACAUUAAUCCCGAUCGACUAAUAUUAGCUAAACACGAAAAAUGUGAAGAAUUUUUUUGAAUUAAAUUUAAAAUGAAACGCAGAAGUUUUAAAUUGUAAUAAAUAUGCUAGUCAAUACAGUAAAUUAAAUUUGAAUAAUUUGUACCAAUGUUAGAUAUAGGUAUAUAAUACGUAGUAAUAGUGUAUAUUCGCAAAUGGACACUAAUCGACAAAUAAUAUAAUAAUGUGCAAUUGCUUGAUCGUUGAAAAAAAACCUGUUUUAUAUUUUGUUAUAUUGUGUUCGAGUAAAAUUAAAAAUCAUAAAUUAGUAUGCAAAACGGUUAAAAAAUUCACAUAAUUACAGCAGGUACUACUUUAAAAAGAAAAAAAAACUGUUAUUUUUUUAUUAAGUUGAAACUAAUUAUUUCAAUAUGUUUAUAGGUACCCUUAGUUUUUUAGUUAUUUUAGUUUUCGAAAACAUUUUGAAAUUCUUAAAGCCUGAAUCUGAACUUGACUAAGUGUGUUAAAUUUUUU